GGUCGUUCUCGCUCGACACAGUGAAACAAGGGAGAGUGAAGAAAGAGCGAGAGAGAGAGAGAGAGAUGAGCGGAGUUUCAACAGCGGCGUACUUAGCUCGUCGGGCAGCUCAGAAGGAGCGGGUUCGGAUCCUCUACCGCAAGGCCCUCAAAGACACUCUCAACUGGGCCGUCCACCGCCACCUCUUCUACCAAGAUGCUGAUGCUCUGCGCCAGAGGUUCGAGACCAACAAGCACGUGGAAGAUCUUGACACAAUCGAUAGACUCAUAGCUAAUGCUGAAGCUACCUAUGAUAAGUGGCGCCACCCUGACCCUUAUGUUGUUCCCUGGGCUCCUGGUGGUUCAAAGUUUCAUCGGAAUCCGACUCCACCUGCUGGGAUUGAGAUAGUAUAUGACUAUGGCCGAGAAGAUAACUAAAACGAUGCAUAUUUUUCCUUCCAAUAAAUAAAGAUCAAGAUGAAGAAUGAGUAUGAUGAUGAAGACACUUUAAUUAAUGAGGCCAGCAUCUUUGAUGUAUUGCUCAAGCAAACGAUGAUUUUAAGCUACAAAUUAUUUCAAAUGCAGUUGCUCCUUAUCAUGGUGUAUUUGGUGUUUUUCUUCAAUGGAUCUUUGAUACAGAUGAACAAUGAAUGUGUUGUAUGCUUUCAGGUUGGGUUAAGCGUAGUGCUUAAUGUGAACUACUUUCUUCCGUCCCUUUAAUUGCAUUUCUUUGGCCGCAAUUGGCUACUGUGUUGCAAUAAUCA